GCAAUCGACAGGUGCGUCUACAGGAAAGGUCAUUCAAUUGCAUUGUGGGAUAGAAAGUGCAACGUCUUUCCAUAAUGGUUAUCCCUGGUUGCACUUUCAAUCCUUGUUUUAAUGUCAUUUUUUCUUAAACGUUCUAUCUAUCCAAAGCGAAACCACCGAGGAAACUAGAGGGAUAGUCACCUGAUCAAGACAGAAAGGAAUGAGAAAUAUUCUGGAUACGUUUGAAGAUGAGCCUCCUAUCAGAUAAGAAGAAUGAUCAGGAAGAGGAAGGUAGCAGGAAUGGCUACCAGCAACUGAGACCACCUGAGCAGAACUUUUCUCAGAUACUCAACAAAGGAACAGAUGAUCAGUUGGUCUGCUAUGGCUACAAGAAGACCGUGUGGCGUAGUCUCCUGUACUAUGUCCUGUGCGUCGUGACACUUGGAGGAUUCUGGCUGGUUCUAUAUUGGAGACCAGACUGGAAGAUUAAAUUAACGAAGACGCCAUGCUUGCUGGCCUAUGCAGACGAGGUUUUGCUCAAGCGUCCUCAUACCAGAUUCUUUGUGCACCAGUAUCUCAGAUAUUUCUGGAGCCAUGAAGAACGUGCUUUCAAAUUGCUGGUGUAA